CAAAGGAAUCUCACAAUAAACGCGUCAAGGAAGGCGGCUUCUUUCGUCUCUGUCUUCUGCUUCGGCUUUUCUCCUUUCGCUUGAUUUUCGUGUCGCCGGUAAGGCAAUUCGAUACCUCUGAACCCUAACGAGACGCAGCCACCGUUUAGGGUUUCGAUCAUCCAUUCAUUCUUCCUUGUUUCCUUUGCCUGAUUGCUUCCCUGUGGUUUCAUUUCCAUCUUACGUUUCAAUUCUGUUGAUUCUAUCGAGGAAGCGCUUGAGAAAAUUAUAUUUGAUUUUUGUCAUGUGCGUUUCUCUUGAUUAGGGUUUGUGAAUCUUUAAAAAAAAAUUGAAUUAUACGUUCUGUUAUUUUGGGGAGGGUUAGGGUUUCGAAAAUUUGGGAUUAUUGAGGAUUUCGGUUUGAAAUACAUUUUUCUUGGAUUCUAAAUUGCUUAUUGAGAGGAAUUGUGCUUGUGCUUGUCAAUCGAUGGCGGCAGGGCGAAAAAGUGUUCCGCUCAAAGGGGAAUUUUUCAAAUACAGCUCAACAAAGAGGUCCGAUCACUAUAAGAAUGGCUCUUUCGGCGUGGAAGAGGGUGGAUCUCGCAGCCAUCACUUUGCUCGUUCCCAUGAGCCUCGUGGUGGGAAAGAGGAGAGAGAGCAAGGUGAGAUCUGUGUUGAAGAUGAGGAAUAUGAGGUUGCUUUGCCACCGCCACAGAAGAAAAGGAAGUUUUCUCCAAUCGUAUGGGACCUAGCAGAGAAGGAAGAAAAAAUUUCGUCUGAGAGUAAGAUCUCGGAUACUGUUGCUCUGUCUCCUCCUCGUCCAUCUGUACUGAGCACUCCUGGAGCCAACAAUCCUGGUUCAGAUGUCCUUAUGGAGGAAUCUUUGCGGGAUUCUCGAAGCUAUAGACAGGAUGUGGAGGAAGAGAAGGAUGUGCAAGAAUGGACUAUCAGAAAGUCAAGAUGGGCUACUGAUGAUGGUCCCUCACCCAUGGCUGCUGAUGAUAAAUUCAAUCAUGUCAAAGGCAGCUCCAGUCCUGAAAUUGGUGAAUUCCAUCGCGGUGGAUCUUCAGAAAGCACCGUCACUAGAUCGUCAGGAAGCACGGGGAGAGAUCAAUAUCUUGGACUUUCUACUGAUGACGCCGAUUCUGAAAGGGAUUUCAAUAUAGACCCCGUGGUCGAUGUUGAGGGACCAAGAGACGUUGGUGAUUGUCCAUCGGAUUCUGAAGAGAGUGAUGGAUUGAUGCAAGUGCAGAGAAAUAUAAAUAUGCUUCACAGUUGCAGAAGUGUGUGCGAGUUUGAGAUGAUUAAGAAAAUAAAUGAAGGAACUUAUGGUGUUGUCUAUAAAGCUAGGGAUAAGAAAACUGGAGAAUUAGUCGCGUUGAAGAAGGUGAAGAUGAAUAUAGAGAGGGAUGGCUUUCCGAUGUCAUCCUUGAGGGAAAUAAACAUUCUCUUGUCUUUUAACCAUCCCUCCAUUGUGAAUGUUAAAGAAGUAGUUGUAGAUGAUUUUGACGGUACUUUUAUGGUAAUGGAAUACAUGGAGUAUGACCUCAAGGGAAUGAUGGAGGUUAAGAAACAGCCUUUUAGCAUUAGCGAAAUUAAAUCCUUGGUAAAGCAACUUCUUGAAGGUGUCAAGUAUCUUCAUGAUAACUGGGUUAUCCAUAGGGACUUGAAGUCAUCAAACAUUCUGCUGAACCAUGACGGGGAGCUUAAAAUAUGCGAUUUUGGGUUGUCGAGGCAGUAUGGAAGCCCUCUGAAGCCAUAUACUCCUGUUGUGGUUACACUGUGGUACAGGGCACCUGAACUUUUGUUGGGUGCUAAAGAAUAUUCAACAGCAAUUGACAUGUGGUCAGUAGGUUGCAUAAUGGCUGAAUUAAUUUCCAAGCAGCCUCUGUUCAGGGGUAAAAGUGAACUUGAACAACUUGAUCAGAUUUUUCGAACCCUGGGUACACCUGAUGAGAAAAUUUGGCCUGGAUUAUCCAAAUUACCUGGGGCUAAAGCAAAAUUUGUCAAGCAACCGUUUAAUAUGUUAAGGAAGAAGUUUCCAGCUGCAUCAUUUACCGGUUUGCCAGUUUUAUCGGAGCUGGGAUUUGACUUGUUGAAGAAGCUUUUAACUUAUAAUCCCGAAGAGAGGAUAACUGCUGAAGAUGCUCUCCUUCAUGAUUGGUUCUAUGAAGCCCCUCCUCCCAAAUCUGAUUUCAAGCCUAUUUUUCCUUCUUGGAGGUGCUAGGACAGUUAAUGAUCAUAUACAAAGAAUGAUAUAUUGCAAGUGACAGCGUGAUGGACUUGACUGGGCUAUUGUUUGCUUUAUAAAUUACAAGCGGCGGAUGAAUGUAUAUACCUGAGAAGGUAUGAUUAGCACUUGAUUUUUUUCCCCUAGUGAAACUCAGUGUAUCUCUUGCUGGUGAAAAUGAUGUAUAUAAUAUUUCAGGACAACUAAUAGUUAAUGAUGAAUAUUUGCUCUGGUAUGUUCUUAUCCUGUAUCAUCUAUUUCCGUUUUUUUUUCUUUGGGUUUGCUCUAACCUUUUGGCUGCCCCAUUUAAGGCUCGUUUGAACAUAGUUGCGAAAAUGGAAUUAUUUCAUUUCAAUAUCUCGACUAUUGUAAAUUAUAUUUAGAAUCGUUUAUUCUUUUUUGAAGUUUAUCGAAAUAUGAUUACAAGAUAAAUAAAUUCGUUUAAAUAUAUACAAAAUAAUGAAUGAGAAAUAACAUUAGCUAAAAAAAUUUAAUUUAAGGAAAACAAUAGAACAUUCUACAAAUAUUCAGUUAUUGCCAAACAUCUUUCAUUUUCUAGG